AUUCCAAGUUCGGCCGGCUUUUGUUGCACUUGGCUGCUGUGGCUGCUGUAGUCGGCUCGCGAUCUCAGCCAAAAUCGCGUAUUGUGACUAUUGCCGGAAAAUGUGAAGAGUUCGGUCUAUAACUUACAAGUGCAAGUGCAGAAAGGAGUCCAGACAAGACGUACAAACUCUCGGCACGAGGUAAACAGAUGACAGCAAUGAAUGCGGAUGAGACAAAGCAGGCUGGAAUGCCUCAAGGAGCUGAGGAGGAGCAGCAGCAGAGGCAGGAGCAGGAGCAGGAGAGCGAUGGAGCAGCAUCUGCAGGAGGGCAGUGUGAUCCUGAGACCAGAAUAGUGGCACCUCCGCCCAGGCAGCGGACUCUGACAAGGACGGCCGAGCUGGACGCGGACUGCGAGGACAUCGAGCUGGACGAUGCCGACGACGCGGCGGAUAGCAUCACCUUGGAGUUGGCCCUAUCGCCGCACAGCAGCAGCACGCCCACGCCCUCGCCCACCACCGCCGACGAGGACUUCGCCCAGCUGGACAACAGCAAGCCCUUCAAGAUCAAGGACAUCACAAGGAACAUCCGCAAGGCUGUUGUGGCCACCACGCUGUCGGAGUUGCGAGCGAAGGUGUCGCUGAAAUUUGAGCGGGCUCAGCCGGCGAUACACCUGGAUUGCGAUGGCACCGAGGUCGACGACGAGGAGUACUUCAGCACUCUGGAGCCAAAUGCCGAGUUGAUUGCCGUCUUUCCCGGCGAGCAGUGGCGCGAUCCCAGUGACUACAAUGCCAAUCUGCGCCGCACAUCGCUGGAUGCACAGCGUCUGCGGAAGCUGGUGAGCAAACUGCAGCCGAACUAUAUGAACGAUGAUGACUUGGACAAGCUGUCGAACAUGGAUCCCAACUCCCUGGUGGACAUCACGGGUCGGGAGCCCAAGGACAGCGAAUACUCAGCCAGGAGCGAUGCCGCCCGGCUAUCCACGGAAUUGUCUUGCUAAGGGGCAUCAUUGCUCCCUCAACGAAUUAAUGUAGUUUAGGAAUUGUGUGAAUUGGAAUGUAUAUAGGGUAUUUGUACGAGUUUA